UUGAUCCAGCAGCAGCUCCAGCAACAACAGCAACAGAUCCAACUCCAGCAACUUCAGCAGCUGCAGUCUCAGCCACCAUCACAGCUGGCACCUCAGUCCCAGUCCCAGCCCAUGGUAGCUCAGGUGCCGGGCCAGAUGUCGGGCCAGGUUUCCAUGUCUUCACCCUUAACACAGCAGCAGCCAUCAAUCAAACUUCAACCCCUGCACCCGGCCCGUUCACAGUUUCCCCAGGGCCAGGCGGCCCAGGCUCAGGCUCAAGCUCAGGCUCAAGCUCAGGCCCAGGCCCAGGCCCAGGCUCAGGCUCAGGCCCAGGCUCAAGCUCAAGCCCAGGCCCAGGCCCAGGCCCAAGCUCAAGCUCAAGCUCAAGCUCAAGCUCAAGCCCAGGCCCAGGCCCAGGCCCAGGCCCAAGCUCAAGCUCAAGCUCAAGCUCAAGCUCAAGCUCAAGCUCAAGCUCAGGCCCAGGCUCAAGCUCAAGCGCAGGCUCAGGCACAGGCACAGGCUCAGGCUCAAGUACAAAUGGGAGCAGGAGGGCAGAUGAUGUCUUCUAUGACCCGUGCUGUGCGACCACGGUUCCCACCUGCCUCUGUUGCAUCGUCCACGCCUCAAAGCUCCGUUCCUCUGGGAGGACAGCAAAUAGCACAGGUUAACAAUGCGAUUGCCAUGAUACCUUCUCCAGUCCAGCAAGUGCAGACGAUGCUUCCACCACCACAGCCACAGCCGUCCCCCCAGCCUCCUUCAUCCCAGCAAAGCUCUGUGAGUUCUGGUCCAGCUCCAUCGCCAAGUGCCUUCUUGCCAAGUCCAUCAGCACAGACAACACAGAGUCCAGCUGCAGCACGGACACCCCAGAAUUUCAGUGUCCCUUCUCCAGGCCCCCUGAACACUCCAGUGAAUCCAGGCUCAGUCCCAAGCCCAGCUGGUCGGACGCAGACUGAGGAACAGCAAUACCUAGACAAACUGAAGCAGCUGUCAAAGUACAUUGACCCUUUGAGGAGGAUGAUCAAUAAAAUAGACAAAAAUGAAGACAGAAAGAAAGAUCUAAGUAAGAUGAAGAGCCUCCUGGACAUCCUCACUGACCCUAACAAGCGAUGUUCUUUAGCAACUCUCCAAAAAUGUGAAAUUGCUUUGGAAAAAUUGAAAAAUGACAUGGCUGUGCCCACUCCUCCGCCUCCACCAAUGUCCAUCACAAAGCAGCAAUACCUGUGCCAGCCCCUCCUUGAUGCUGUCCUGGCCAACAUCCGCUCCCCAGUCUUCAACCAUUCCCUACAGCGAACCUUCGGGCCUGCCAUGACUGCCAUCCAUGGACCACCGAUCACGGCCCCUCUAAUCUCCCCGCGGAAACGCAAGCACGAUGAGGAUGAGAGGCAGACCAUUCCCAAUGUUUUACAGGGCGAGGUCGCACGGCUAAAUCCUAAAUUCCUGGUGAAUUUGGACCCUUCCCACUGCAGUAAUAACGGAACAGUCCAUCUCAUAUGCAAAUUAGAUGAUAAGAGUCUCCCCAGUGUCCCACCACUGCAGCUGAGCGUUCCAGCUGAUUACCCAGACCAGAGCCCUCAGUGGACAGAUGACUCUCAGCAGUAUGAGGCCAACCCCUUCCUGCAGAUGGUUCACCGUGCGAUGACGUCCAGACUCCUGCAGCUACCAGACAAGCACUCAGUCACUGCGCUGCUCAACACGUGGGCACAGAGUGUGAAGCAGGCCUGCCUGUCUGCAGCAUAACCCUUUCAGGAAGGAGUGUAUCCAUUCCAACCUGGAGUCUAUGUUACCAAGGAGCCUUCUAAUGGAUUCACUGAGAAGCUAAAUGUGUGGAAAAAUUGAGAAGGACUUGCACCGUUUAGCUCUCUUCCUGAUCACUUUAAACAAUAUGGGACCUUUCCCUUGCAUUUUUGGAUAUAAAGAUAUGUAUCAAGAAUUCAGUACUUUAUUUACAGUCCUUGUUUCUAUUUCAGAUAGCGUGUUUGCUCAUAGCCAAUAAGGAUGACUCUCAAUAUCCUGUAUGUUACCCGGGAAUGUGUGUUUUUAAUGAUGUAUCAGUGAAAUUGGCACUGGAGUAAAUUUUUUUCCAAAGAC